CGCAGUGACUUCAACUUCACAGUCCACUCAGUUCGGCUCGCGCAAUGAACGGAAUCGGAGCAGUGCAAGGCUUCCUGCAUGGAGCGCCGCUGGUGACAUUCCUGGCGCUGGUGGUCUCAUCAGCUGAUCAGGCCGCAGCGUUCUACAAAUCGUUCGAAGAGCUUAGCGUUCAUACGCUCCCCGACAGUGGCUCGCUAGAUGAUUGUUCACUGAGGCUCCAGAAGUUGUUGGACCGGGAUGUUGCUACUAGUAAACUAGCUGAAGUUCCAACAUACUCGAGGGAGUUUGCUCACCUGGCUGCGAUCGGAUGGAAGCAGACCGGUGGAGACUUUGAGUGGAGAUGCUCAGGUAGCCUAAUUUCAGACAGUUUUGUACUCACCGCUGCUCAUUGUACACUCGAUGAAGGCAAGGAACCAACGGCGAUUCGCGCCGGCGACCUAGAUUUGUACAGCCCGAAAGACGAUCGGUUCGCCCAGCAGAUCGAUAUCGCGAAAAUCUUUCGUCAUCCCCAGUUCAACUCGAGCAGCGCCUAUCAUGACGUUGCGCUGAUCAAACUUGUGAAACCGGUGACCGUGACGGAUUUCGUAACACCGGCUUGUUUGUAUACCAACGAUUCGUUUUCCUUUCCAAAGCUGCAUGCAACCGGUUGGGAUUUCUACUCGGAUGUGUCCCCGCCGAUAUACAGUGUCCCGUUGAACCCGAUUGGUCAGGAUCGGUGUAAAUUUUGGCAUCGCGCCAACAAGGAGGCCUUCCGGAAGGGGAUUAACAGAAUGCUGAUGUGCGCCGGCGACGAGGUGCUAACCAACUGUCCGGGGGACACGGGGGGACCUUUGCAAAUCAGACUGCUGUCAAGCUCGAAAUACACACCAUUCGUCGUGGGGGUCUCGGCGCUGGGAGUUCCGUGUGGGCAAACGACACCCGGAGUGUACGCUAAAAUUUCCCAUUACAUUAAUUGGAUCGAGGAUGUGACCGGGAAGAAUUACUUCCCGCAGGACUGUGUCACAAGACAUAUCUCCGAGAGGGAAUCAGAUGAAGCGCUCGUCGCUCCCGAGCUGAAGGGAGCAUACAACCAGCCCCAUCUCACCGGCAAGAAGGAAUCGCUGUCCGUUGACCCGACGAAGGCUCAGCUGCAGAUCUUCAAAGAGUUCAAGUGCGCCGUAGGAAAGGAUGGUCCCAACGUCGAUUGGAUCUGUGGCUGCACGAUAGUGGCACAGGAUUUCGCACUGACGUCAGCUCGUUGCGUGAAAAAUGUUGAAGUCGACGUUGUCAACUACAAGAACGACUGGAAACGCAUCGAUGAGAUUAUCUUCCAUCCGGACUACGACAAAAAAACACUGUACAACGAUCUGGCACUGAUACGGCUGCAAACCGAUAACAGGAAUCGAUACGACUGGAAAGCGGUAUCUUGCAUCGCCGGAAACGAAGAUCAAAGGCAGUUUCUUUCGUUCGGGAUUGGCCCGUACAACCUGAACGACGACGGUUCGAUGGAUAACAAUGGUGACGGGACGGAGCGCUAUCUGACGACCACUCUGCAGCUGAUGGAGAGCGCGAAUUGCACCCAGCACUAUAAGACAUACGGCAUUUUGAAGGAAGGCCUCAACGAGACACAGUUUUGCGCCUGGUCCCGAGAUUUUCUGGUGCCGGGAACAUGCGAACCGUGGAACGGGAACGAGGUGCUGAAUGAAUUAAGAGCGGCCAGUGACACCAGUCCGUUCCCGGAGGAUCUGAUUGGGGUUGGUUCGUACGCACCGGACUGUGGGUUCGGACGGCCAAUGGUUGCCACGAGGGUAAUCGCUUUUCGCGAGUGGAUGAACUCGGUUAUCUACAAAACGAUUAACGUCAAUGCCGUCAGCCAGGUCCUGAUGGAGAAGGAACUCGCGCUGGAUUACAUCUGCGAGGCCUCCGAUCGGGAGGCUGGCGUUUGCGUGAAUAUUGACCACUGCAACCAUCGGGCGCUGGUCGAUGUAAUAAAAUUCUGCACCAACGAAACAGCGCCGAUAGUUUGCUGUCCGGUUAAUUCGUUCAUCGCAACGGCCCAUUUGUCGCUGCUGACCGAAUGCGAAACCAAUUAUCUGCGCUACAGGAAGAAAUACGUUGAGUUUGCCUCGCCCGAAGGACGGUUCGUCGAUGAGGGCCAACAUCCGCACUCGGUGAUGAUUGGGUGGAGGGUCAACAAGACGGCUACCAAUUGGCACUGCACUGGAACGUUAAUUAACAGGAACACCGUCCUGACGACGGCUGGAUGCACAAACACGAUAAAGAGGCGCAGCCCGGAUGUAAUCAGCAUAGGCGAAGCCGACGUCAGCAAAGUCAACGAUGGCGAGGCGCAAAUUAUCCCCGUGGUGGAUACCAUUCGCUACCCGAGCUAUAAUCCCAAAACGCACGAGUUCGACAUUGCCAUCCUCAAGCUCGAAUCGGAAGUGGUUAUCAACGAGAACGCAGUUCCGGCCUGUUUGUGGCGUGAUUUGAACCGCACGCCUUACUACACCCAACAAGUGCAGUUCGACAAACAGUUGCUUACCGCACGGGACAAGAACCUGGUGCACAACCGGGACUGCAAACAGUUCACCUCCCACACCGAGCUCAACAAUGACCAAAUGUGCUGGCAGGAGUUCAAACUGCGCCAAGAUGGUACCGACGCGGAAAACUGCGGCCACCGGGGCGAUCCGUUUGUCUCGUUCCAGCGCACCAACAACAUCUACUUGCCCUAUCUGGUGGGUCUGUACAGCUUCAGCGACAGCCGAUGUGCUUCCGGUGAGCCGGUCGUGGCCACCCGGAUCUCUUCCUACAUCAACUGGAUUAGCUUGUAUCUGUAGAGCGUGGCACGACCAUUCCAGCUACAUACUAUUUCGCCUCAAUCAAUCCCCCGCAUCGGACGACGUGAUCAAUGCGAUUGUGGUUAGGAAUAAAGAAUCGAUUUACAAUUCUAGAGUGGCCGCUCUCUUUUUCCGGUUCGUAUUCGCUGUUUGCUUUGAGGUUCCCUGGCGUCGAAAACGAUAGACAUCAGUUGCAUUUGAGCGCGGACAGUGUAUAGCAUUGUUGCAACUAUUUGCUCGACGAGUUUUUAUAGAAUAGACAUAUGUAUAUUUUAGAAUAAACCAUCACAAUAAAAUAGAUCAG